AUGCUGUCCGGAGCGACGUUUGGGUGGCGGUGGCGGUCCCCAGUGCUGCACGUACACAGCAUCGGCUCCUCAACACGCGAUCUGCACGCGCUUCCCUCCCUUCGUUUGCUCCCGAUAUCCUGUGCACGAAGAGCUGCUGAACGACCGCUGACGCUGCGUCGAUCGUUGAGUGGAGCGCCAGCGAAUGAUUCUGACCCGAAACCGGAUCGCCAGAGCGCGUUGGAAGUGAAAGAGGCUGCGAAGAGAUUGAGAGAGAAGCUGAAGAGGGACUUGGAGACCGCGAAGAGCCUUGCACUGCACCAGGUCGUGAACGUGCCAAACGUUAUCACAGCUGCCAGGAUCUUGGCCACACCUUACUUGUCGUAUCUUAUUGUCCAAGGCGACCAUGUCUCCGCCAUCGGCUUGCUAGCUAUAGCUGGCGUCUCUGACUGGCUGGAUGGUUUUAUCGCAAGAACCUUCCAUCAAGAAUCGAUUGUGGGUUCGUUCCUGGACCCGUUUGCAGACAAGUUGUUGAUCGGCUCGUUGUCUCUCAGCACAAUGUGGACGGGGCUGCUUCCGUUGCCUUUAGCUGUACUCAUCUUGGGUCGCGACGGGAUGUUAAUCGGAGGUACAUUUUACCACCGGCUCAAGACGAAGGACGAGUCGUUGGGAUUCUUUGACACAUCGGACAGCGAAGCCUUCCAUGUUGAGCCAACACUUCUAAGCAAGGUGAACACAGCGCUGCAGUUAUCCGCCUUCGGACUUGCGCUGACCAAUGCGGCGUGGCAGAUGCCUCCGGACCUGGCGUUGACGUUACUUUUCGGUGUUACUGGUUUGACGACAUUUCUGUCAGGAUCUCAGUACUGGUACGGGUACAUAACAAAAACUGGUGCUUUCAGACCUCUGCCGAAAACGCUUGGGCGGCCGCUUUGUAAAGCGGUCGAGCGCACUGGAGCAGUCAUAGCGCGCACAGAGGCAGUUGUCAAGCACACGAAGGAGGUCAUGAGGCACCCGCUGAAAAAGGCGAGUGGGCACAAGACGAAGGAGCAGCUGAAGAAGUAG